CUGACUGAAGGGACCCAAGAUGGCUGAAUACUCACGGGGGGGCAGUUAGCAAUUAUCCGAACAAGACGUCGGGGAAUGAAUGGCAAAUAGCAUUAUAAUGUAAAGCGUAACCUUGAAGAAAUUAUACGAGUACAGUUUGUUGCUUUGCAUAAUUUUUGGGAAUGCAUGAAUACCAGUAAGGAGAGACUGGUCUCUCCGCGGCCCCGAGCCAGAACAUGGCGGAACACUUGGGAAAGAAAUAGCAGCUAACAUUAGCUAGCUGGCGUAUUAUUCAGACACAAUUAGAAGCAUUGGUCCAGGGUAAACACGGUGUUUGCGGUCCGUAAGUGUGAAAUAAUGUUGUCGGUGCACCGCUCUGGUCAUUUUGUUUCAAAGGGUUGUUUAACAUUGGAUAUGUGGAGCGUAGGCAGUUAGCGUACUCGCUAGCUUGUUAACUCGUUAGGUUUGCUAGCUAACGUAACUGGUAAACGUUGCCCGCAAGCGUACAAACUGUACUAAUAAUAAGCAGGUAGUGUUUUGGUGGCCAGAGGUUGUAACGGCGGGGCUUAUUCUGAAUACUCUCAGCUGUGUGCUAUGACUUUGAUAUGUCUGUCAGCCCUUGAGUUGUAGAUUAACAUUAGCUAACGUCAGUGCUCCGCUCUGUAUAUUACACUGUCGUUAGCUUGCUACAAUGGGCUGUAAGCUGAUUUUGUGUGGCGCGUUGCCUAUAACCCUGGCGAGAUAAGUUUUGAGGCAGCUUGUUAAAAUAAUCAGAUAUUUUAGUUGUGGCUGCAGAAUCGAUCGAGGAAUCUUCCUGGAUACUCGUCCGGGUUUUACUCUUAAGGUCCUUCAAAGGACUGCUAGCCUGGUUGACCCCUAGUUAACUUAAGUUAGUAAGUUGCUACAUUGUAGAAGUGAACAGGUGUACAAAAGUGAAUUGUGGGGUUACUAGGUGAGGCAGACACCUUGUAAAAGCCUUGAAGGUCCGGAGGGGGAAACCGGUUACAGCUACCUGCCAGGAUGACGGACACUCGUCGACGAGUCAAAGUCUAUACCCUCAAUGAGGACAGACAGUGGGAUGACCGUGGGACUGGGCACGUCUCGUCGGGCUAUGUGGAGCGUUUGAAAGGCACGUCUCUACUGGUGCGAGCCGAAAGCGAUGGUUCCCUACUACUGGAGUCCAAAAUCAAUCCAAACACAGCCUACCAGAAACAGCAGGAUACAUUGAUAGUAUGGUCAGAGGCUGAAAAUUAUGAUCUGGCACUCAGCUUCCAGGAGAAGGCUGGUUGUGAUGAAAUCUGGGAGAAAAUAUGCCAGGUGCAGGGAAAGGACCCAUCAGUGGACAUCACCCAGGAUGUGGUGGACGAGUCUGAGGAGGAGCGCUUUGACGACAUGUCGUCGCCAGGUCUGGAGUUACCACCAUGUGAACUGAACCGCUUGGAUGACCUGGCUGAGCUGGUGGCCUCCUCACUCCCAUCACCACUGCGGCGCGAGAAACUAGCUCUGGCUGUGGAGAACGAGGGCUACAUUCGCAAGCUUCUGGAACUGUUCCGUGUGUGUGAGGAUUUGGAGAACAGAGAGGGACUCCACCACCUGUAUGAAAUCAUUAAAGGCAUCUUCCUGCUCAAUCGUACUGCGCUAUUUGAGGUCAUGUUCUCUGACGAGUGCAUCAUGGACGUCAUUGGUUGUCUGGAGUUUGACCCAGCACUCCCGCAGCCACGGCGGCAUCGGGAGUUUCUAACUAAGACAGCCCGCUUUAAGGAGGUGAUCCCCAUCUCUGAUCCUGAACUGCGUCAGAAAAUACAUCAGACGUAUCGUGUGCAGUAUAUUCAGGACAUGGUGCUGCCCACGCCCUCUGUUUUUGAGGAAAACAUGCUGUCCACCCUGCACUCCUUCAUCUUCUUCAACAAGGUGGAGAUAGUGGGCAUGCUACAGGACGAUGAGAAGUUCCUGACAGACCUCUUUGCACAGCUAACAGAUGAGGCUACAGAUGACGACAAAAGACACGAACUGGUGAACUUCCUAAAGGAGUUCUGCGCAUUCUCACAAACGUUACAACCUCAAAACAGAGACGCCUUCUUCAAGACAUUGUCAAAUAUGGGCAUUCUACCUGCACUAGAGGUCAUACUGGGAAUGGAUGACGUUCAGGUGCGUGGGGCAGCCACAGAUAUUUUCUCUUAUCUGGUGGAGUACAACCCCUCCAUGGUACGCGAGUUUGUCAUGCAGGAGUCUCAGCAGAAUGAUGAUGACAUCCUCCUGAUCAACCUGAUCAUAGAACACAUGAUCUGUGAUACAGACCCAGAGCUGGGUGGAGCGGUGCAGCUGAUGGGCCUACUGCGGACUCUGGUGGACCCCGAGAACAUGCUGGCUACUGCAAAUAAAACAGAAAAGACAGAGUUCUUGAGCUUCUUCUACAAGCACUGUAUGCACGUCCUCUCAGCUCCGCUACUGGCCAACACCACAGAGGAAAAGCCUAGCAAAGAUGAUUUUCAGACAUCCCAGUUGCUGGCCUUGAUUUUGGAGUUGCUGACAUUCUGUGUUGAGCACCACACCUAUCACAUCAAGAACUACAUCAUCAACAAGGACAUUCUCAGGAGGGUGCUGGUGCUCACUGCCUCUCAGCACGCCUUCCUGGCACUAUGUGCCCUGCGCUUCAUGCGGAGGAUCAUUGGUCUGAAGGAUGAGUUUUACAAUCGCUACAUCAUGAGAAACUUCCUCUUUGAACCUGUCAUUAAGGCCUUCCUCAAUAACGGCUCACGCUACAAUCUCAUGAACUCAGCUAUCAUUGAGAUGUUUGAGUACGUCCGUGUGGAGGAUGUGAAGUCUCUCACAGCUCAUAUAGUAGAGAACUACUGGAAGGCUCUGGAGGAUGUUGACUAUGUCCAAACAUUCAAGGGCCUAAAGCUGCGGUAUGAACAGCAGCGAGAGAGGCAAGACAACCCCAAACUGGAUAGCAUGCGUUCCAUCCUGAGGAACCACCGCUUCCGCCGUGAUGCACGAACACUGGAGGAUGAAGAGGAGAUGUGGUUCAACACAGAUGAGGAUGACCUCGAGGAUGGUGAGGCAGUUGUUCCUCCCUCUGACAAGAUGAAGACUGAGGAAGACCUGAUGGAACCUAUAAGCAAGUUCAUGGAGAGAAAGAAAUUGAAAGACACAGAUGACAAAGAAGUACUGGGGAAGUCGAGCUUAUCAGGCAGGCAGAACCCCAGCUUCAAGCUCGCCUUCUCUGGCUCAACUAAAGCCAGCCUGUCCAGCCCACCUUCGUCUGCCUCAUUGAACCCAGGUUCUCCGGGAUCACCGGGUUCUCCAGGUUCAGGGGCACGGAGCUCACCCUCCACCACAACUGUAACCACAAAGGGUGGUUUAGUGGGACUGGUUGACUAUCCUGACGAUGACGAUGAGGAGGAAGAAGAGGAGGAUGAUGGCGAAAGUAAAGAGGAACCUCUGCCACCUUCAAAGAAGUCCAAACUGAGCUCCUAAAAAAAUAAAUAAAUAAAUAAAUUUAAAAAAAAAAAAAAAUUUAAAAAUAAGCAUCACUGUCUCAACUUUUGCUCCGCUCAGACAGUUUCAGCGAAUCGACUUUACACAGAAAUGAUAAAACUUGUAAAGAAAUUGAAUGAAAGCGACCCCUCGCCGUCAGCGGGUGGCCAAAAGAGGAGCAGACGGAAUGGAUACCAAGCCUCCUCAGACUAGCCCACUUCAUACAAGUGCCAAUCAGGAAACCAGGAGUGAAAACCCGUCUGAAAAGUGGAACAGACGUGUGAAAGCUGGGGGGAAAAGAUCACACUCAAAAGAUCGUCUGCACACUUGGACAGUAUGAGACGGGUUGGACUUUGGUGAUUUAGCAACUGGAGGAAAAGACCACAUACAAAAACACAUGUACACGCAGAGUGAAAUCCCAGAGAGCUUACGGGCUCGGACCAUAACCCACUGCCCCUCCCCCCACCCCCCACUCAGGGAAGGACAUCACAGCGGCCCAAAUGGGUCGGCCAAUUCAGACCCAGAACCACCACUCGCACCCCCACCCCUUCCUCAGAAUUUACCUUCCUCCUUGUUUCUUUCUACUUCUUUUCUCCUCUGCUCUUUCUCCCUCUCUGUCUGUUGCUUAUUGUCCCUUUUUUUUUAAGUUAGUAUAUAGGACCAGACGGGAGGCAGCAUUUGGCAAAGAGCUGUCCUUGUUGUCGUUUGAUGAUGUCAUCAGUGUCGUCGUUCCUCAGCGGACGUUCUUUCUCUGAAGAGAAAAAAAAAAGCCAGCAGUUUCUUGAUUAUUUUCUUUUUGUUCUGUAUUUGUCUCUCAAUCUUUCUCCUGUUUUUUUUGUAAAUGACAACAAAAAAGACCUGCCUUUAAAUGUUCAGGAUGUUUUCAGUCACACUUGAACAGGUUUUUAAAGACCUCAGUAGGUGAGCUAGUUUUACCCUUUUUGCCCUUUGAAACUGCAGAUUUUUUGGAGAAUUUGUAAUCCCGUCUUGAUUAAAGAUUGAGUGGAAUUCUAGAUGUGAUGAAUUUUGUCAUAUCUUCUCUUUUUUUUCCUUUUACAUGAGUGUACACUUAGUUGUUCAGAAUAUUUGGGACCAUUAAAAUGAUCUUUGCUGUAA